UCAGUCGUCACGGGGGUGCGCCGCGGCGGCAGCAGCGGGUCCCGGCUCGUGGCGCCAGCUUCGUAAGCGGCAGCAGCCCCGCGUGCCCGGCCCGGCCCGGCGGCAGCGAUUGGAGAACAACGGUUGAAGUUUCACUGUAAAGCACUGUAAAUCAAAGGCAGAGUCAGUGCAGCAGUGAUAACCCCAUGGUUUACUCUGCCUUCAGCUGAAGAUAUCGCUAGUUGAGGUUUUGCUCUUAGUUAGCUGUGCUUCACAGGAAAAUGUUCUCAGAUUUUCAUGGAUCUCAAUAGUGCUAGCACUAUUGUUUUGCAAGUCUUAACCCAAGCUACUAGUCAAGAUACAGCAGUGUUGAAGCCAGCUGAGGAACAACUGAAGCAGUGGGAGACACAGCCAGGUUUUUAUUCAGUCCUGUUGAAUAUCUUUACAAAUCAUUCCUUGGAUGUGAAUGUAAGAUGGUUAGCUGUGCUGUACUUUAAAAAUGGAAUUGAUCGCUAUUGGAGACGGGUUGCACCACAUGCUCUUUCUGAAGAAGAAAAAACUACAUUACGUGCUGGACUUAUCGCCAACUUUAAUGAGCCAGUGAAUCAGAUAGCAACUCAGAUCUCUGUACUCAUUGCUAAAGUUGCCAGGGUGGACUGUCCAAGGCAAUGGCCAGAACUUAUACCCACUCUUCUAGAAUCUGUGAAGGUCCAGGAUGAUCUUCAACAACACAGAGCACUGCUUACCUUUUAUCAUGUUACGAAGACCCUGGCAUCCAAACGGCUGGCUGCAGAUAGAAAGCUUUUCUAUGAUCUUACAUCAGGCAUUUAUAGUUUUGCGUGUUCCUUGUGGAAUCAUCAUACAGAUACAUUCCUCCAGCAAAUUUGUACAGGGGAUGAAGCUGGAGCCACAAAUUCUCUAGAAAGAACCUUGUUGUCAUUGAAAGUGCUUCGUAAACUGACUGUCCAUGGGUUUGUAGAACCUCACUGGAAUGCAGAGGUGAUGGCCUUUCUACAUGCAGUAUUUGAACGGCUAAAACAAUUUCUGGAGUGUAGUAAAAGUAUAAGAGCAGAAAACGUAUGCCGAGAUCGUGUAGAAAAGACUAUAAUUUUGUUCACUAAAGUGCUUUUGGACUUCCUGGAUCAACAUCCUUUUUCAUUCACCUCUUUGAUUCAGAGGUCACUGGAGUUUGCUGUAAGCUAUGUUUUCACGGAGGCUGGUGAAGGAAUUGUAUUUGAGCAGUUUAUUGUACAAUGCAUGAAUCUCAUAAAGAUGAUCGUAAAAAAUUACGCAUACAAGCCAUCCAAAAAUAUUGAAGAUAGCAGUCCUGAAACUCUUGAAGCACAUAAGAUAAAGAUGGCGUUUUUCACAUACCCAACAUUAAUGGAAAUAUGUAGGAGAUUAGUCACUCACUACUUCCUGCUGACAAAAGAAGAAUUAACCAUGUGGGAAGAGGAUCCAGAAGGCUUCACUGUAGAAGAGACAGGAGGAGAUUCGUGGAAGUACAGUCUCAGGCCAUGCACGGAAGUUCUUUUUAUUGAUAUUUUCCAUGAAUAUAACCAGACUCUUGCCCCUGUGGUUUUAGAAAUGGUUCACAGUCUACAAGGAUCUGCCAAUGUGGAGGAUACCAAUGCUAUAUUGAUUAAAGAUGCUGUGUAUAAUGCGGUUGGAUUGGCUGCUUAUGAACUAUUUGAUAGUGUGGAUUUUGAUCAGUGGUUUAAAAAUCAACUACUGGCAGAACUACAGGUUUCUCAUAACAGAUAUAAGCCAAUACGCCGACGAGUAAUUUGGCUGAUUGGACAGUGGAUUUCUGUAAAAUUCAAAUCGGACUUGAGACCUGUGUUAUAUGGGACAAUUUGUAACUUACUUCAAGACCAGGACUUAGUGGUCCGUAUCGAGACAGCUACAACACUGAAGUUAACUGUAGAUGACUUUGAGUUCAGAACUGACCAGUUCUUACCGUACCUGGAAUCCAUGUUUACACUGCUGUUUCAACUACUUCAGGAAGUAACAGAAUGUGACACCAAAAUGCAUGUUCUUCAUGUUCUGUCUUGUGUAAUUGAAAGAGUCAAUAUGCAGAUACGACCAUAUGUAGGAUGCUUGGUUCAGUAUUUACCACUCCUUUGGAAACAGAGUGAGGAGCACAAUAUGCUGCGAUGUGCCAUUCUAACUACCCUAAUCCAUCUUGUCCAGGGACUUGGAGCAGACAGCAAAAAUCUCUAUCCUUUUCUACUUCCAGUUAUUCAGCUAAGUACUGAUGUUACUCAGCCUCCACAUGUCUAUCUUCUGGAAGAUGGUUUAGAGUUGUGGUUAGUGACGUUGGAGAAUAGUCCAUGUCUUACACCUGAGCUCCUGAGAAUAUUUCAGAACAUGUCUGCCCUUCUUGAGCUGAGUUCAGAAAACCUCAAAAACUGCUUUAAGAUCAUCAAUGCUUAUAUUUUCUUAUCAUCAUCAGAAUUUUUACAGAUGUAUGCUGCAGGCUUAUGCCAGUCAUUUUGUAGCCUUUUAAAGGACAUAACUACUGAAGGUCAAGUUCAAGUUUUAAAGGUUGUGGAAAAUGUCCUAAAAGUAAACCCUGUUUUGGGUCCUCAAAUGUUUCAACCCCUUCUGCCAUCAAUAUUCAGGGGGAUUAUAGAUGGGGAGAGAUACCCAGUGGUGAUGUCUGCUUACCUGGGGAUCAUGGGUAGAGUUCUACUACAAAAUGCAAGGUUUUUUUCAUUACUUCUGAGCGAGAUGGCACGUGAAUUGGGUGAGGAGUCGGAUCAGAUUCUUGGUAACAUGAUUGAAAUGUGGGUUGAUCGGAUGGAUAACAUCACUCAGCCAGAAAGAAGAAAACUCUCUGCUUUGGCAUUGCUUUCACUUCUGCCAUCGUUGAAUAGUGUUAUCCAAGAUAAAUUUUGUGGUAUCAUCAACAUUUCAGUGGAAGGGCUGCAUGAUGUUAUGACUGAAGAUGCUGAAGCAGGAACAUACAAAGACUGCAUGUUGAUGGCUCAUUUUGAACAGCCCAAAGUUACAGAUGAUGAGGAACCUCCCACAGAACAAGACAAAAGGAAAAAGUUGCUUGCAUUGAAGGACCCUGUUCACACUGUGUCAUUGCAGCAGUUCAUCUAUGAGAAGCUAAAGGCACAGCAGGAAUUACUGGGAGAACAAGGUUUUCAGGCACUUAUGGAAACCGUGGAUACAGAAAUAGUUGCACAGCUACAGGAAUUUUUACAAGGCUUCUAAAUAAGCAGAAACAAGAUUUUGUAUGCGCAAUUUUCCUUUCAGAAAAAUUUGAAAGAACUCUAGCCUUCCAUCGUGCAUGGAAGAGCCUACUGAAAGCUGAAAAUAAUUUGUGUUAAAAAAUAAAUAAAUUUCUGUUGUUGCUAUUCAGCUAACUUUGAUAACACUUUGUUAUUUUUUAAUAAUGGACUUACGGUUUUAUCAUCAAAGCAACACUUCCAUGAUACCUUCAUGGUAUAUGCUGUCCUAAUAGUACCUUUUUUUGGUACCAUUACUGGUUUUUGAUUCACGAAACUAUGUCAUAAAGUCAGAGGUCUGAAGGAGCUUAGUAAUAUAUAUUAAUGAGGUGUCUAUUAAUCCAGCAAUAUAAUUCAGUAUCAGGAGCUGCUUGUCUUGAUACUGUAUACCUGUAACUUUCUUCCUUUCCUACUGUCAUUUUUUGGCUGUACAUUCAACCAUCAUACUUACAGAAAGAAUUAGGAAAAGUAGUAAGACUGUGAGUAGAAACAUUCCUUCUUAGGGGAAUGUUAAUUCCUGUUUGAGUUGUAUCAGAGAAAAAGAAGCUUUGAUUGUACUGCUUAAAUUGUGUUUGAAGUGGUGUUAGAGAAUAUCAAUGUAUAUCUCUGUCUGAAGAUGUGUUUUCAUUUUACCACCACUUUCUUUAUUUCUGUUAUGAAAAAGUUCUUGCUUUCUUGAGUUCCUUCUGUCUCACUUUUAGCUGUCAUAACACAGAGAAACUUACCAGAGGUAGAUGAGUAAUUAAUUCCAAUUAGUUCUUGGCUUUACCUGUGCUGCUUAAAGUUGCUGUUCUCUGGUAUCUCAAUUCUUUGCUUUUUUUUUUCAUCAAAGGCAUAUAAUCAGGAUACUUGUUACUGAAAAGUUCGAGCCCAGGUGGUCACAACUGAACUACUUAUUUGCAAAUGUGAGGCUCACUUUGAGUUUUUUAUUUAUUAGUUACCUUGACAGCUGCAGGAAUGACAGGGUAAAGAUGCUCCUCUCUAUAUUCCAUUGUCUUUUGUACCUUGUGAAUAAGAGAGGUGAGAGAAGGCUCUCUUCCUUUUUAGUUCUGAUCUUCCAUCUUUAUAGUUGAAAUGAAUUUUGUUUGCUUCACUAGGGGAUUCCACACACGCACUCACACACACCCCCCAAGGGGAUUCACUAUUUGAAGACACUUGCAUGCUUUUGAUUGCCUUACCAGAUAUUUUCAAGAAGCAGAGCCUUUUUCUUCACUCACCAUUUGGUGAGUAAUUUUUUUUAUUUUUUUUUUUAAAAACCUUCGCUCUGCAAGAUCUCCCCUGUACACAGCUACCAGCAUCUGUCUGGAGAAGUUGUUUCAUAACGAUAGUUUCCUGCUUGUUACCUUGGUGUAGGGAGCUUUGUCAGAAGAAUUGUUAUGAUCGUCUGUAUGUUACCUGAGUGUCAUUUCCUCAAUCCAUCCACCAACAUAAAUUCUCACAAUUAAGAGUUUUGGCUGAUUGUGUUUGGGACUUACAAGGGAAAAGAGACUCCAUGUGUCCUUUCAGCUAUGAACGACAGUACUUGGCAGCAUGUGACUGAAAUUGCAUUUGUUGAGUAGUUAACCCAGAGAGGCCCUCAGCUUUUUUUCUCAGUGUAAAACUGGCACGGGUCUGAUGGGCCUCGCUAGCUUUGGCCCUGCACAGCACGGCUGCAUGGCAUACAGAAAAACCUCAGGUCGGGAAGCAAUACUGCUCUGUCACCAUUCGAUAAAAUCACUUGUGCAGUGCCAAAUGGCACUCCAUGACAUUUCAGAGGGAGGGUCGUCCUACCUGCUGUAGUCCAGCCCUGGCCAAAAGGAUGCUCUCUGGAUUUCUGCUGCAUAGCUGAUCCUCCAAGCUCCCUGUGCAGUGUUUGCUGCAUCAUUCUCAGAGAUAUUCAAGCCCCCAUUACCUCACAUGGUGGAGUGUUAACUGCAACUUAUUUUAGUGCAUGUUAACUAAUGCUGGCAUGGAUUUUGUCAGGAGUGAUGGACAUGCUUUUGGCUAGUAAGGGCACAGUACAUUGUGAUUAAAUUUCUGAGUAAUGUUUCUGAAUAAAUGAGUGUAUUCGUUUUCCUAAGCAUUAGGGAACAAGUUAAAUUUGUCACUAGGUAUUUAGCUUUUAAUCUUGGAAGAUUUUAGACCAAGGCUUGGACUAGAAAUGAAAACAGUUAUCACCAGAACUGCUUAUAUGACAACCACUGUCACUUAGCAUUCUGCAAAACAUGUCUGUCUGUGCAGUCUAGUACUGAGAAAAAGGAUACAUUUCAGCUUAAACCAGCAGAAAAACCUAUAUAUAAUAUCUUUAUAUAUUAAAUUCUUAUAUAUAGGAUUAAUUUUUCACUGGAAGGUUAUGGAUCAGGACUGCAGUAAACGUUAUCCCUUUUUGUUGUUGCUGAAAUUUCUGACUUAAGCCUUUUGGAGAAGAAGGGAAACCCAACCCAACAAAUUGCCUGAUACUGAAGCAGUACAGUUUCUGAAAUUUUUGUGAGGAAGGAUCUUUGAUCCUGUUGCCAUUUGAGCUUUGUUUUUCAAGACAAAAAAGAAUUUAAAUCGGAAUUUUUUUUUUUUUCUACAGCAUAGUUGAACUCCUAAGGCUUACAUUAUAUCAGUUUAUCUUUCAGAAAAGACAAGGAGUGGAAGACAAACUUUGCCUCUGAUAAGAGUUAAAUGUCUUUGAAGGUAUAUGCUGAAAGAAACGGAGAGGACUAAUUCUGCUGCUUCCAUCUUCAAAAACUUAACUUUGGUGUACCGAUGAAAUGACCAUUUUUAGACCUUUGGCCUACCUGAAGUGUUAACCUAUCUAAUCUCAUGGCAGCUGUUGAAAUUUUUUUCCACUUCUAAAGGUUAUUUUAUCCACA